AUGGAUUCCAAAGCUGCCGUGCAGUUCAGUGCCCGAUUAGCUGCGGAGCUUCCUGGAAUUCGACUCCCGAGCACUUUGGUCUUCGACUACCCAACAUUGUCCGCGGCUUCCCCAGCUGAUGGUCGAAAGAAACGAGCGGUGGCAGGCUAUGCAGCUGAGUCUUCUCAGCCCAAACAACAACAAAUAGCGGGGAAGACGCGGGUAUCUCCUGAUGAGCCGCUGGCAAUCAUUGGGAGUGCAUGCGCAUUCCCAGGUGAAGCUGAUGCUCCUGCAAAGUUCGGGGCAUUGCUCAAGCUUGGCACCGAUGGAGUUGUUGAGGUUCCAUUCACCCGGUGGGAGCUCGAUGAAUACUAUGAUGCGAACCCAGAUGCGACGGGGCCUGAGUUCGAAAGCUCUCGCCGAGGGGGGAGGUCCUUUACCUUUGAUGCCUCUGCAGAUGGCUACGGACGCGGAGAAGGUUCAGGUGCAGAUGGCAGGGAAUCAUUCACCGAAGGUCGGGCUCAAGAGGAAUUUUUGACGUGGACACGUCCCAAGAUGGACCAAGAUCCCUUAGAGAUGGCUAAGUGGCUUGUGGCGUGGGGACGCCGCUACGACGCCGAAUGGGACGGCGUGUAUGACAUCCUGCAGCUGGUGAAAUACAUCGGCGAGUUCUACAGCCCGCCGGGCACGGUGCCCAAGCCGCUCCUGGAAGUUUUCGGAUCGUGGACAACUCACCAGCUGGAGACAUGGCUGGACGGCGCAUCCCGUUGUGUGCCGGUAGCACGCCGCUGGCGCCGGGGAGCACAGCUGACCAAUUCCUGGGGCAUCGAAUUUAUGUUCUCCAGUUUGAGUGCCUACCUGGAAGACGCUCACCUCAUCGGGCGCGCUUCUUUGACCCGACGGACACGCAUGAACAAUGCCAUCAGUGACGCCAUGACGGCCUUGGCGACCCAGAAUGCCGACGACCUCGAGACUGCCCGUCGAGCCCUACUGGAUCGAUUCACCUCACGCAGGGCAUUCAUCUACGCCCUAGAGAUCUUGGCGCAGAUCAUGUGCAUCGUCUCCGGCAUGGCCCUGAUGGAGCCUCUGAGCCUGUGCUUCAUCGACAACGAGCCAGGCAAGUUCGCCUUGCAGAAGGGCUUCGGCAAGGACGCCAAGGCUGCUCUACGGGGCAUUGCUGUGAACCAGGAUGGGCGGAGCUCGACGAUGACAGCGCCCAAUGGACCCUCUCAGACUUUGGUCGUCCAAGUGGCGCUGGCGGAAGCCAAAAUGAAUCAUCAUGAGGUGUUACACAUGGAAUGCCAUGGCACUGGCACCCCUCUGGGCGAUCCAAUUGAAGUUGGCGCGCUGCAAGCUGGUAGCAGGGCCGCCUCCCUGCAAGAGGGGCGCCGACAGCAGUCGCUGGCAGUUUCUGCAGUGAAGACAUCUGUUGGGCAUUUGGAGGGAGCUGCCGCAUCACCUGGCCUACUCAAGACUGUGACGCUGCUGAGUCGAAGAUCUGCAUUUGCAGUGGUCCAUUUGUAUUCCCUAAACCCGCACCUGGACCCUUCAGAAGAUGUUCCACAGGCAGGGCAGUUUGCAGUGUGA